AUGAACAACUUUAUCCUCCUGGAAGAACAGCUUAUCAAGAAAUCCCAACAAAAGAGAAGAACUUCUCCUUCAAACUUUAAAGUUCGAUUCUUUGUUUUAACCAAAACCAGCCUGGCAUACUUUGAGGACCGUCAUGGGAAAAAGCGCACUUUGAAGGGCUGCAUUGAACUCUCCCGAAUCAAAUGUGUCGAGAUUGUGAAAAGUGACAUUAUCAUCCCAUGCCACUAUAAAUAUCCAUUUCAGGUUGUGCAUGACAACUACCUCCUAUAUGUGUUUGCUCCAGAUCGCGAGAGCCGGCAGCGCUGGGUGCUGGCCCUUAAAGAAGAAACCAGGAAUAACAACAGUUUGGUGCCCAAGUAUCAUCCUAAUUUCUGGAUGGAUGGGAGAUGGAGAUGCUGUGCUCAACUGGAGAAGCUUGCUGUGGGCUGUGCCCAGUAUGAUCCCACCAAGAAUGCUUCAAAGAAGCCUCUUCCUCCUACUCCUGAAGACAACAGGCAGUUACUUCGGGAACCUGAAGAAACCUUGGUCAUUGCCUUGUAUGACUACCAAACAAAUGAUCCACAGGAACUCACGCUACAACGCAAUGAGGAGUACUACCUGCUGGACAGUUCCGAGAUUCACUGGUGGAGAGUUCAGGACAGGAAUGGGCAUGAAGGAUACGUACCAAGCAGUUAUCUGGUGGAAAAGUCUCCAAAUAACCUGGAAACCUACGAGUGGUACAAUAAGAGUAUCAGCCGAGACAAAGCUGAGAAACUUCUUUUGGACACAGGCAAAGAAGGAGCCUUCAUGGUACGAGAUUCCAGGACUCCAGGGACAUACACUGUGUCUGUUUUCACCAAGGCCAUCGUAAGUGAGAACAACCCCUGUAUAAAGCACUAUCACAUCAAAGAAACAAAUGACAACCCCAAGCGAUAUUACGUGGCUGAAAAGUACGUGUUUGAUUCCAUCCCUCUCCUUGUCAAUUAUCACCAACACAAUGGAGGAGGCCUAGUCACUAGACUCCGGUAUCCAGUUAGUUCCUGGAGGCAGAAAGCCCCGGUCACGGCAGGGCUGAGAUAUGGGAAAUGGGUGAUUGAUCCCUCAGAGCUCACUUUUGUGCAGGAGAUUGGUAGCGGGCAGUUUGGGUUGGUGCAUCUUGGCUACUGGCUCAACAGGGACAAGGUGGCCAUCAAAACUAUUCAGGAAGGAGCUAUGUCAGAAGAGGACUUCGUCGAGGAGGCUGAAGUCAUGAUGAAACUCUCUCACCCCAAGCUGGUCCAGCUCUAUGGAGUGUGCCUGGAGCAAGCCCCCAUCUGCCUGGUGUUUGAGUUCAUGGAACACGGCUGCCUGUCAGAUUACCUGCGCAGCCAGCGGGGGCUCUUUGCUGCAGAGACCCUGCUGGGCAUGUGCCUGGACGUGUGUGAGGGCAUGGCCUACCUGGAAGAGGCAUGUGUCAUCCACAGAGACCUGGCUGCCCGGAAUUGUUUGGUUGGAGAAAACCAAGUCAUCAAGGUGUCCGACUUUGGGAUGACAAGGUUCGUCCUUGAUGACCAGUACACCAGUUCCUCAGGCACCAAAUUCCCAGUGAAGUGGGCGUCCCCGGAAGUCUUCUCUUUCAGUCGCUAUAGCAGCAAGUCGGAUGUGUGGUCAUAUGGUGUGCUGAUGUGGGAAGUCUUCAGUGAAGGCAAAAUCCCGUAUGAAAACCGAAGCAACUCAGAGGUGGUGGAAGACAUCACCACUGGAUUUCGGUUAUACAAGCCUCGACUGGCCUCCUCGCAUAUCUACCAGAUCAUGAAUCAUUGCUGGAAAGAGAAACCAGAAGACCGGCCACCUUUCUCCAGACUCUUGAGUCAACUGGCUGAAAUUGCAGAAUCGGGACUUUAAAAGAGACUCAGUGCCAAGCCACAGGCUGCAGAUCCUGAGUGAGGCAAGGAGG